UUGAAACAACCAGGGGCAGGUCGACAGCAAGGAAACCAUAAUCAUUGAAAAUGAAAAGUACAGCGUCCGUAUCGUAACCCAAGAGGGGUAGAGUGAUGAUAGUAUGAAUGUGUUCUUAGGUUCUCUGGCCUACUACUGCAGCUGCGGCUGGGAUUUUCUUGAUCCACUUUCACAAUUUGGGAAAAAAGGUCAUUUGACGCGCACAAACGAAGAGUUUUCCAUUUCAGUGACAUUGGCCAACAUGUAAAUGAUAAUGAAGCAGUGCCAUUAUGAUUCGCCCACAUGUGCAUACUCUCAGUAAUGCAACACAUUGCCCCGUACCUGUCCACAGGUGACUGAUCCACUAGAAAGUACAUGGAAAACAUCACCAACCAGCAGACAGACACUUGGCUUUAACCCUCGACCUUCCUGUCUCCUCUGUCUAUGGGUUAAAGUUUAAGAGUCAAAGCUUACUCACUUAUCAUCCCUAGAGAAGCCUUAGAAGUCUGACCUUUGAGAAUCAGGACCUGCCUCUGCCUGACAGGGACCCACAAGGCUUAUGGGACAGUGUGCACACAAGGAACUCAGGGGGCGUGGUAGCCAGACUAAGUUGUUGACACAUCCGUCUCAAAAUGGAUGCAGCUUUGACUGACAGCUGCACGUCCCCACCCAGCCCUGAUUUUAGUCUGGACUCAUCCAGUCCGUUUGCAAAUGGACUGCACUUUGAGUCAAUACUGUUUGAAGAUGAGGACGAGGAUGAAGCUAUGGAUCCAGAGAUGGAGUCUCAACUAGAAGGAGCAUCAUGUGGCUCAACGAAAGAACAUACAACAAAUGCAAAUUUGAAGACAAAAUUGGGUGUCAAGUCUAGAAACAAAAUUUCAAAUGCUCGAACAUCUCUGGGGCAAAAAGCUGUAUUUAAAGACAAGUCUACAAGUGAUUGUGGGCUUUCUUCUCUUGUGAGCAGGUCUGCUGGGAUUAUAAUGACAAAAAAAUUAAAAACAAAGGCUCUACCACCAGUGAAAUAUUUGGAGGGUGAAGUAAUAUGGGCUAAAUUCAACCGUAGACCAUGGUGGCCAUGUCAGGUGACUGUUCACCCAGUUGAGGGAGUUUACCACAGAAUUAAAGAGCCACCAAAUAGGACCAAUCGUCAGUAUUUCCUCAAGACAUUUGGGGAACCUGAAGAACAGGCAUGGGUCCCUGAGCAAUCUACUCAUAUAUUUGUGGGUGGAUAUCAGUUUAACAAUCUCCCUUUUGUGAGAGGAAGUGGACGCCAACAAGAUGAAAACACCAGACACUCUAUACCCAAGCGUUUUCUGAACUCUUGGAGAGCUAGUGUGGUUGAAGCAGAAGCACUUCUCCUGGAGAAGCCAAGGGUCACCACUCCCUGCUCAGACUUCACCAAAACAAUCUCUGAAGGAACUUCAAAUAACACAGAAAACAAAUUGUCCGUGCCAGUGAAAUUACCCAACUUUAGUCCUCUGACCAAUGGAACAGUUACACAAAAAGACCAUCUGAACACCUUACCACAUAAUCAGGGGUCUAAAAACAAAAAGAAACGGAGAAAGAGAAAAAAAUCUGAGGAAUUUCUUUGUGAGAAGGAUAAGAUUAUGGAAGCUUUGGACAGUCCCUACUCUGACAUUGAUUCUGUACCACAGAUCCGAAGAUGUCCCAAAAGCACUGAGCAAAUUUCGAAGCACUGCGCUGUUAAUAAUCAGUCAAACUCAACCUCAAGUCAACUAACCAUUGCAAAUGACAAAGAAGUAAAGAAGAACGUGGAGAACCAGGGUGGCCUUUGGUUUAUGAAGUGCCUUCCAGCAAGUAGUCGACUGAUGACAAGAGCACUGAAGGCGAUGGAGGAGGCUGAGUGGAUGAAGAAACAACUGGUAAACCAAGAGUCAGCAUCAAAUGUCGAAACAGAGAAUUGUGUAUCUUUUUCUGUUGUUACAAUGCCUGAAACAACAGAUGUAGACAACCAUGUCCCUUCACAGAAGAUGCCAACUACAGCAAGAUGUGAUCUGAAAGUGGACUCAAAAAGUAACAUGCGCACCCAGUUAUCAUCGGAUCUUCUGAGUUGUAAAGAUGAUGCAAAUUUAGUCAAAUCUGAAGAUGAAGCUUCUUUGAUAUCUCAAGCACCUGUUGCCUUUCAUUCAUCUAAAUGCAAACAAGAGAGUCAUGCUUCCGAUUCAUCUUCUAGUUCUACUCAAUCUUUGCGCUUAAAGAUGGAAGAUGUGGAAAACAUGAAAGAAAUAACCUUCAAAUCAUUAGCAAAUGAACAGAGUGGCCAGCCUUUGUCAUUUCAUCCUGAUGCAAACUAUAAGUUUAGCACAUUCCUAAUGAUGCUCAAGGAUAUGCACGAUAGCCGGGAAAAAGAUGGAACCACAUUGGUAAUAGAACCGUUACCCGUAAAUGAACUUAUUAAAGAGGAGCCAUCACUGAUUCUGGACGUAAAAGAUGAGAUGAACACAGUAAGCACAGUGGAUCAACAAAAAUGUCAACUGGGCAAAACUCCAUCAAAACAGAAGAUGAAACCAAAGUCUGGGACAAAUAUGAUCCCGGAAAUUCAGCUGACCUCUACUGUGUCAAAAAAUACUCAAAGACCUAGCAAAAAAAAUUGUUCAAAAAAGAAAACCACUGAGAUCACAGCAAAUGUCCACUCAAAAGAUACAUUUGACAAACUGAUAUCUGAGCACCAUCCGCCCUCAGAAGAACCAGACACCAAGUUCUCGGCUAAUGUGCCUAAAAAGCGUUGGCAAAAGUUUGACCAAGUCAGUGACAAAGUGUUAAAUGUAGUCAAAGUUACUUGUAUUCAAGAAACAGAACAAUUACCCUCAGAAAAUUGUGACGUUUUGGUGGGUGAUACAAAUAAGUCUUGUCCAUUUGUGCCUGGGAAGGAAACUACAAUCAAUGCAUCUGAAAAUACUCAAGACAACUGUCAAAAAAAUGACAUCCCAACAGAAUGCAAACGUAUUAGAAAACCUAGCAAAAGACUCAUAGAAUGGACAGAGGAAUACGAUCAAUUGUUUUCCACUAAGAAGAAAGCAAAAAAGAAACCUGAGUCCUUUACUAAGGUUGAAAACAAUAACUGCAGUGGCCCAGUGGAGAAAACAUCUGGCGAAAGUAUGCAGAAACCUCAGGUGACAGAACAAGGUGUGUCAAGGCCCCUGCCAGAAUUACAGACUCCUCCUCCAGAAGACCUGUCUCGGAGCACUCCUUCAAUAAAUCCCACGCCAUGUCAAGAGAGACAGGUGUUGUCUGUAGACACUCUUACUCCACCUCCAGAAACAAUUCCAUCACCAUGUGCUGAAAUUUGUCAUAAGGAGGAGCUUCAAAAACAAAAUGCUAUAGCCACUGGUGAUGGU